CGCUACAAAGCCCACCUGGUCUUUCCCCCACCACCACCUCCUCCUCCUCCUCCUCCUCCUCUUCCUCCAUCUCCCCCGCCUCCCCUCCUCGCAUCGCUGUGUGCCUCGUGGGUGGCGCUCGCGACUUCGAGCUCACGGGCCCCAGCAUCGUCACCAGGCUGCUGGCAGGCCUCGCACCCUCGCCCUCCCCCCUCCCUCCUCCUUUCCCUCCUCUCCCUCGUCUGCCGCCCCCCCCGCCCCUCCCCCCGUGCUCUUCCUUAACUGCCCGCUGGACGAGAACUCCCACAAGCUCUGGGCGCUGCAGUGGGCCAUGCAAAGCAGCAGCAGCAGCAGCAGCGGCAGCAGCAACCGCUCCUUUGGGGCCGUGGAGCUGGGCGCAGUGCACAUCUUCGCGCCCACGUGGCUCAACGAGUCCGCCCUGCUGCACAACCACACCGGCACCCUGUACGGGGGCACCUCCCCGCAGGGCACGCAGGGCCUCUUGCAAUACUUCCACCUCGUGGAAACCUGCAUCCCCAUGAUCAAGGGCUAUGAGCACCGCCAAGGGGUCACCUUUGACUGGAUCGUGCGCACGAGAGUGGACACCUACUGGGCCGCGCCCCUGCCGCCUGUGCUCCUGCCGUCGCCGCGCUUUGAGGCGGGGCAAGAGCGAUCUUUGCCUGCGUCUGCGUCUGUUCCUGUGGUGCUGGACCCGGCCGCGUACUGGGUGCCAUACGGGUCGGACUUCUGGGGGGUGAAUGACCGGUUCGGCGUGGGGACCUGGGACACUGCGGAGGCUGCCAUGGGGCGGCUGAGCAUGCUGGAACGAGUCAUGGCGCGCGGAUACGACGACCUCAACUCGGAGAAGGGCCUCAGGGCGCAGCUGCAGGUGGCGGGGGUGCGCGUAGGCCGCUUGGACGUGCCGUUCUGCGUGAUGUCGCGCCGCCCCUACCCCGACGACGAUGUUCUCGUUGCUGCUGUCGCCUCCACUGCUCCGCUCAACGGCGCCAAGUGCUGGCCGUGCACACCCAAGUACAGUGGGAUCAGGGCCCUCCUCAAGUACCCGCUCAUCCCGUCCACGCGGUGGAUCCGCUCGCCCUCAGCAGACUGGCUCAACCGCCCCGCCUCCCCCCGCGGCGCUGUGCUGCUCUGCGACCCCACGCGCCCCUGGGAGGAGGGAUGGCCAGAAGUGUUCGACGCCUCUGUGGGCAGUGAGCUGGCGGCCAUGCGGCGAGCCAUCGUGAACACGAGCUCGGAGGACUGCAUGAGGAGCUUCGAGGAGUUCAAGACCCUAUCAGAACACUGGUCCGCCCCGCCCCUCGCUGCCAUCUGUCACCGCUCCCUGCUGGGCCCCUUGGACCUCCUCGGCCCGCCCUCCGCCUCCUUCUACACCGCCACCUCCGCCCUCUCGCCCUCCAGCAGCGUUGCAUCCACUGGCCCUGAUAGCAGCAGCAGCAGUGGUAGCACCAGUGAGGAUGCACAAGUGGGAGGGGGGGAGACAUGGGAGGAGGAAGUGGUGAGGAGAGUGCCGGGUGUGGCUGUGGUUCACUCCUCCUUGCUUGACGGUAUCGGCAGCAUGCACAGGCAUGGGCCACCGGUGGAUGUGCUCAAGUUAAACCUGGAUGGAUCCGACCUGCCCACCCUAGCAUCCCUUAUACACCAACGCACCCUCCCUGCAGCCUGCCAGCUGUUAGUUCCCUUCUCCACCGGCCAAUCAGAGAGCGCCACGUGGCGCAGUGACGUGAUUGCAGGGCUGGAAACAGAGCAGGUGUAUCUGGUUGCGUGUGUGCAGGAGUGGUGGAGUGCAGUGGAGAGGUGUACCUUCUUCUCUGUGCCGCACUGUUCCUCAUUGCUGCUUGGUGCUGAGGGCUGGAAACAAUAACACGCGGGGCGUGUCUCUUGAUGUGCCUCAGUAGUACCUACAGCAGCUUAUGGUAGUAGGUAGUAGUACCAACAAACAAGACUUUCCAAGAUAUUUCCACACUGGUUUUUGUGGCUUUCUUCUGACUCGACGAAAUGUAGAUCUCUCACCUUUCAACAUG